AUUGAGGCAAAUGUGCGAUGAUGACUCUGAUCAUAUUCAUAACACUAGUUAUCCGUUUAAAGGAUUUGGGCCCGGGCAGCUUGAUGAAAUGAGAUUGUCUUUAUUAGAAUCAGGGGCAAAUCCUGGUACCGGCGGUAACGUUAAUCAGACAACAAAUUCUGACCAGCUUAAAGAUAAUAGUAAUAUUGUUGAAAUAGAGAAUAUCAGGAAAGAGGUAACUUGGAAUUGGGCUGGUGGUAUGCACGAUGUUGCCCAAACUGAUGGUCCUGCCGGAUCUUGCAUAAAAUCCGCUGAUCCUAACGCCUUCGCAUCAUUAGUGAAUCCACCAACAAACAGUUUUUCGAUCACGAUUAACAAAACAUCUGGUGCAUAUUUCUACAUGUGUACUGUAGCCACUCACUGUCAACCUGGUGGUAUGUGGGGUGUUAUUACGAUCGGUGGUACACCUUCAUCUUCAGCUCAGCCUGGUGGUGCAACUGGUGCUGGUGCUCCAUCCAGUACUACUUCUCCAAAAUCUUUGGGUACUAAGAGUGUUACUA